AUGACCCUGAGCAUCCCAUAUUAUUCAACAUCACUUCGAAUUAAAUUUAUUUCGCAUUUAGGAACUUGUAACAAUUUGGAGAAGCCCUUGUUUGGUGCGGCAUUUAUGCCUUUGGCUAGGCUAAAAGAGCCUGUUUAUGAUGACAAGAUGGCAGCUCCUGUUGCCUCAAUUAAUCAUUUGAAGUCCUCCUCAAGAGAAGCAAGCAGAUUAAUGCUCAGUUCAACAGCAGAAAUUCCAACAAAAUGGAAUGCUCUCCUUAUGCAAUGGGGACAGUUUAUUGCUCAUGAUGUUUCUAAAACUACAAUGUUAAAUAAUCAAAUCUGUGCAAGUUGUCUUCCAGAAGGCGGUACUUGUUUCCCUGUAAUGCUUAGCCGUUUGGAUCCAACCUUUGGCCGUUUUCUUUGCCUUCCGGUUGCUCGCUCGUCUCCUGUCUGCGGAACAGGAGAAGACAAUAAUGUUCGUCAGCAAUACAAUGAAAACACAGCUUUUAUUGAUGGAUCCAUGGUAAGCAUUAGUAGCCGGAUCUGA